GGCCCGUCCACUAUAAAACGGCCCCAGCCUGACCGGCCGGCGCAGUCAACUCUUGGGAGCAGAGGAGAGCAGCAUGAAGACCCUGGUCAGCGUUGGCAUCACCCUGGUGGCGGUCGGCAUGGCCGUCCUGGUGCGCGGCCAGGGCGCCGUCGACCCCAAGCUGAAGGAGGUGCUGGCCAAGCUGCCGACGCCCGGCGGCGGAGAGGUGUUCGUGCGCACGAUCCCGGCCGACGUCCUGAGAGACUUCCCGGGCCGGUGCUUCUCCGUCAACAACGGCGAGUUCUACAGUGUGAACGACACCUGGCGCAUCAAGGGAGUGUGUGCCAUGGCCGAGUGCAUGGCGCUGCCCAUCAACGAAAAGGGACAGCUCGGUCUCUUCGAACAGGUGUUCGACUGCGGCCCGCGCGUGCUGGACACCGUUAAGGAGUGCACGUACGAACGCGAGGAGACUCUCACCGCCAAGUUCCCCGACUGCUGCCCCACCUUCACCUGUGGGCCAGGCUUCAACGCCCGCGACCUGCUGCUCCCCAGCGGUCCGGAGGGCACUGACCCUCCUGCCGACGCCAACGGCCAGAAGGGCGCUGGUUCUGCUGCCGCCGCCACGCCCACGCAGUAGGAGUCUCGACCUCGCUCACUCUGAGCCUAUCCUCCUCUCCUCGCGUCUCGCUACAGACGCCCCUCCACGGCCGCCCCGCGGCGCGGGCCGAGGCCGUCCCUGCCCGUCCCGCCUCGCGCGGCCCCGGGCGCGCCGCUCCUCGGGAACACUCACCAAAUAUGGGCACAGUGUGCCGCCGACUCCGGG